CGUCCAGCCAGACAUGUAUCAACCAGCUGCCAAUGAGACACCUGCCAUUCAUUCAUUCUUCGAGAAUGUCACCGGCACAUGGCAGUACGUGAUCGUGGACCCAGAAACGUCAGAAGCGGCCAUCCUUGACCCCGUUCUUGACUAUAAUCCUGCAUCUGGGGCUGUCUCUACACUGUCAGCUGACAAACUGCUCGCAUUCAUCAAGCAAAAUGAUCUCAAAGUAACGCGCAUCCUUGAGACGCAUGCGCACGCCGAUCACCUCACGUCGUCGCAGUAUCUAAAGCGCCACCUGGGUGGCAGUGUCUCUAUUGGUAUCGGUGUGCGCAUUACGCAGGUCCAGAACCUUUUUGGGCCUGUGUACGGCUUCGAUAACCCGCAGCUCCUCGAGAGCGCCUUCGACGUGUACUUCCGGGACGACGAGGAGUUCAAGCUCGGCAAGUUCACCUGCAAGGUCGUGCACUUGCCCGGUCACACGCCGGACCAUAUCGGCUACGUCUUUGGCAAGGCCAUAUUCACCGGAGACUCCAUCUUUAACCCCGAUAUCGGCUCUGCACGCGCAGACUUCCCCGGCGGCGACGCAAAGGACCUGUACAAGUCGAUGCAGCGCUUGAUCUCGUUCCCGCAAGACGCCCUGCUCUUUGUGGGGCAUGACUACCCGCCGCCCCCAGGACGGGCUCCGACGACGGGCGCGACCGUCGCAGAACAUCGCAAGCGCUGGGAGACGAAGGACGAAGACGACUUCGUAGCGUGGCGCCGCCAGCGCGAUGCUACCCUCAGCGCGCCCCGCCUGUUGCAUCCGUCGCUGCAGGUCAACAUUCGUGGCGGGCGACUGCCGCCGAAGGAUGAGAAGGGCAGAAUGUGGUUCAAGACGCCUGUUCGUGGUGUCAACGAUCUCUGAGGACAUUGUAGCUUGCUGCCCGGGGCUUGCGGAGGUGUGAACCCGAAGUAUGAUGGGCUCGAACGCCACGACGAUAAUCGAGAUCGCGCUUUUCUUACAUGUGAAAAUACAGUAAAGCGUGUGAUGACGAACCUCCAUGCUGAAUAGACCGGUUGUACAAACGACUGCAGCGGUCGGUCUAUGGAGGGCUGCUAAACUCUUGGCCGGGAUGUUGCCCUACAGUACAAUUUCUUGUACGUGGGUCGGGCUGGAAUCAGGGACCAACGAUCCCUCGUGCACGUUUGCCAGCACUGAUGCUCGUCAGGGAAACGGUCCCCAGAUACGUAUAGGCGGCGGUUAUGCAGGUGCCGCCAACGUAUAAAUACGAUUUUUAUGCCACCAGCAAGGCUGCCGUUAAUCAAGUAAGUCACCAUAUGCGACGAGAUCCUCCAAGCCGCGCACGGGUGUCGGCGUCUGCCACUGAGCAGGCGCGCGAUGUCUUCGGACGCUCGUGGGCGCUCCGUGUUCCAUCAAGCUAUAGACGAUUCGUAAUGUCGUGCCUCUUUUGAGUUAUAUCUCCUCCUGACAUACAUCUACACUGAUUUCCAUUAGAUUCAGCUGUAAAAUAUAACGAGUACUACUCACAGAUCCUCGU